AAGUCCCAAGACAAUAAGGCAUAGGAGAGAGACAGAGGGGGAGGGUAUUCGAUUUGGUGCGGCGGAAUGGGCAAACGAGAGAAGCAGAAGCAGAAGCAUCAAAGAGGCUUAGCGCGAGGAGCUUUCUACUAUCUUCAGGACCAAUCUGAAAUUGAUGACACUCCCAGACUUCCACCUGCAGAUGAAGUGGAAGAGGCUGAUGAUGAAAACCAUAGCGAAGAAGACGAAGAAGAAGAAGAAAGGAUGAAAAUUCAUGAACACCUAUCUGAUGAUAUGCCUUCGAAAUUCCACCUUUACCAACAAUCUGUGCAGUCUCCCAAAGGAGACAUAAGUUAUAUGCAAAAAUUCUUUCUCAUGUACGUGGGUGGAAGGAUGCCCCUCCAUCUUCAAGAAGAUUUCUGUGGCACUGCCUUGCUUAGUACGGAAUGGCUCCGCAGUGAUCCAAGAAGAACAGCAGUAGGACUGGACUUGGAUGUUGAGGCACUUCAUUGGUGCAUGGAAAACAACAUACCUAAAGUUGGGGCUGAUGGCUUUUCUAGAAUAUCCCUCUAUCAUGGGAAUGUCCUACAACCUCUUCAGUCUAAACUUGUGAAAAUGGAUCCGCAGGAGCAGUUAAGGAACACUUCACUGACAGAGGAUGCUGCGAAUUUGCAGGCUGGUUUGCUGGAAUCUGACCUUCAAACAGGAUCUGCUUCCGAAGAUGCUGAGUCAAACAAGAGAGGCUUUCCACCUAGAAGAGAUAUUGUGUGUGCUUUUAACUACAGCUGCUGCUGUCUUCAUAAACGAGCAGAUCUGGUUUUGUAUUUCAAGCAUGCUCACGAUGCCUUGUCUGCUAAAGGUGGAAUCUUUGUCAUGGAUUUGUAUGGGGGUACAUCUUCAGAGAACAAGCUGAGGCUUCAGAGGAGAUUUCCUAAUUUCACGUAUGUCUGGGAGCAAGCUGAAUUUGACAUCAUUCAGCGUAAAACAAGGAUUAGCCUCCAUUUUCAUCUGAAUAAGCAACAAAGAAAACUUCGCCAUGCAUUUUCGUACAGCUGGAGGCUGUGGACAUUGCCCGAGGUCAAGGAUUGCUUGGAAGAAGCUGGAUUUCGAUCUGUUCACUUUUGGAUAAGAGAGAUGCCUGACACCACAGAAAUUGUAAGAACAGAGGGACUUGGUGCUCGGAAGGAUAUAAAAUAUGAAGAGGCAACCAAUUUUCAGCAACAAGAUUCUUGGAAUGCUUACAUAGUUGGUGUUGCAUAGCUUCAUCUUAAAAGAUUUAGUUUCUGAUGUAUGGAUUUUGUCAUAAAUGAGACAGGUAUGGCGUGUAGUCAGUUUCAUUGCUUGUAACCUUCUUUACUUUAUUUGGUAUCCGAUUUAGCUCAAAAUAAACAAUUUCUAUGUUACAAGUUACAACAAUAUCAAAGUUCGUGUGAAAUUUCAUCACUUUAUGGAUCUCUUGCCUUCAGGG